CUCUCCUUGCUGCUCUUCCCGCCCCAGCCCAGCGUUCGUUGCUCCGGCCGCCUUUCUCCUUUUCGCUUCCCUCCGUCUCCUUCCCCUCCGACCGACCUCCGAUUAUCUGCAACCCCGCAGCUUCUUCCGCUUCUACAGCCGCUCUCGCUCUCCUUCCCCGAUCUUCCACUCUCAUAUAACGGACUGCGCAUUGGUGAUCGGUGCAUUCACUAGGAAAUGGGGAACGAAGCUGUUGAAGCAUAUUUACCAGAAGAAGUAGUUCAGCCCUUGUUGUCUUCUGCUAAUGCGUCGUCUGUUAGAGAAGCCUUGGAGGCUCUCAUCGAAACAUCAAGGACCGCGGCCGGUCGCUCAGGUCUUGCUUCCAAGAACAUCUUGGCUGUGGUGCUUCGUCUCACCCGAGAACUCUGGCAGCAUCCACAACGUCAAGUUCUCGUGUUAUCCUUGAAGUUUCUCAGGAACCUAUGUGCUGGAGAGGUUGUCAACCAGGACUUGUUCGUAGAGCAAAACGGAGUGAAGGUUAUCUUAGAAGUCUUGCGGACUGAGGUGGAAUCUUCUGUUCCAAACUCUGGCAUAAUCCGUAUGGGGUUGCAGGUUCUGGCUAAUGUCUCAUUGGCUGGAGAGAAACACCAGUCUUCUAUGUGGAUGCAGUGUUUUCCGAAUGAAUUUCUAGAUCUUGCUAGAGUUCGCAGCAGGGAGACAAUUGAUCCGUUAUGUAUGAUUGUAUACGCUUGUUCUGAUGGUAAUGACGCUUUCAUGGCUGAGCUGUGUGGAGAAGAUGGUCUGGGCCUCGUGGCUGAGAUCGUAAGAACUGUUUCUGCAGUUGGUUUCGGAGAAAUGUGGUUCAAGUUGCUUCUCUCGAGAAUCUGCUUAGAAGGGCCACAUUUACCUAGCCUCUUUUCAAAGUUGUGUACCGCCCCUGCUCCUAGUAAUACUGAAGAAGAUGUUACGGUCAAGGAUGAUACAUUCUCGCCAGAGCAGGCAUAUCUGCUGAGCAUUGUUGCGGAGAUCCUGAACGAGCGAUUGGAAGAAGUUAGAGUCUCUGCAGAUAUUGCUUCAUUUGUUUUCGAGGUAUAUGAAAGAUCAGUGGGGCUCGUGGAGUUUCACUCGAGACGCAAGUGUGGUUUACCGACGGGAGUUGCCAAUAUCGAUGUUCUAGGAUACUCGCUCACCAUCUUGAGAGAUGUAUGUGCACAGGAUGGUCUUGGAGAUGCUGAUGACAGUGUGCAGACGGCUGUUCUGGCUCUUCUCUCCCGUGGACUCUUAGACUUUCUGUUGGACCUUCUCCGUGACCUCGAGCCACCAGCAAUAGUCAGAAAAGCCAUCAAGCAUGUCGAAAAUGAGGAAGGUAGAGCUUCUGUCGGUUCAAAGGUAUGCCCGUAUGGAGGAUUUCGGAGGGACCUCGUUGCAGUAAUUGCUAACUGUUCAUUCCGAAGGAGACAUGUGCAAGAUGAGAUUAGAGAGAAAGGAGGGAUUCCUCUCCUCUUGCAGCAAUGCGUUACUGAUGAAGAUAACCCGUUCUUGAGAGAGUGGGGUCUCUGGGCUAUCAGAAACUUGUUGCUGGAUAACCCCAAAAACCAACAAGAAGUAUCUGAUUUGAAGCUUGAAGGAUCCGUGGAUGUACCAGAGGUUGCUGAAUUGGGCCUCCGAGUAGAGCUAGAUCCUCGAACAGGACGUCCAAAGCUUGUAAACUGCCCUCGACCAUGAUUCUUGCUUAUGCUUAGAGAAGUGAAGUAAGGAAUUGUUCACCAGCGUGGGUUCCUUUCGUUAUCGGAUCUGAAAUGGUCAAGUCCUGAUGUAUCUUGAGUACGAGUGGAAUAUAAAUUGAUGCGGGUCAACUGAUGUUCGGACACUGUUUGGCUGUAAAAGGCCUCUGUGGUCCUUGGUGGCUCUAGUCGGCCCUGUCCUGCUCAACAUUGCACUUGCGAGCUCUAUCGGGUCUCUCACUCAUUGACAUGAAAUAAUUUUUCUCCAAGUUCGAGAGAGAUGGCCGAACUCGCAUUGGAUCUAUAUUGUAAUUGUACUUCUGUUAUUUAUGCAUAACCAUCUAAAAAGACUGGGGUCGGGUUCUUUCCAUUUUCUAUACCAUGUAACUGUGAUCGAACUCUCAGUCAUUCUAAUGGAAAAUAUCUGGUCUUUUUUCAUGGAUCA